CGUUAUAAAAUGUUCUAUAUUUGUAUUAAUGUGCAUAAAUUGCUACAUCGAAGAAAAUUACACAUAAUAUGUUUCCCGCUGAUUAAAUCUUGAUCGAAUUACAUUGCGGCGCACGAUUACGCUAAUCGCUGUUUGAUUCGAAGUUUGCGUUGUAGAUGAUAGCACGAUAACACUAACAAUUCUCUAUAUAAUUACAUAACUUCUAAACUUUUAUUACGCGUGUCCGUAAAUCUAUCAUCAUUCGUUCGUUUUCUGUUUAGCUGUACAAAUCGCUCGUGCGUUCGAUGUGUUGCCUAGAUUGAAUUUUGAUAUUAGCGUAACUGUUUAGUCAUGAAUUAACUGAUUGACGUUAUUUCCCAUGGAAAUCCUCGAUAAACGCAAUACUUCUUCGAUUUUAAUAAAUUAAAACCUUAAAGUCAAAGUUUGUGAAUUAUUUUGUUGAUCGAUGAGCAACAUUCCGCUCGGAAUCGCUGUUUCAGCGAUGCACGGACGAUUGUUUGAGCAGUGAUAUAGUUCGAUUUGCACAAACCGGCGAGUAAAUACGCGAACAGAGAGAGAGAGAGAGCAAGCAUAUAAUAAUUUAUUUAACAUUGGCGGAAUCGAUGUGCGUGUCGCUCGAUCGCGUUUGCUUUAGGGCUCGACUUCGUCCUCGUCCCUUUAUGCGAGCGUAACUGCACGUGAAAAUAAUUCUCUUUAAUAAAAAUAAUAAUUCGCGUAAAACGAUCAUUGCACAGUCAUUAUAACACGAUUGGCAAGAGUGCGUCUGCUUUCGACUGAUGAAAAAUCGCGAUUUGUUAUGCUUCGACGCCGGCUAGGCAACUAUCGUAUGCCGCGAUAGUUUCGCUUUUAACUAAUAUCUAGGAGAAAUUGACCGACUUCCUGUCACGUUCGGCGCGAGACGCAGUGCAGAUGGAACAGCGAAAUGCAUCGGAAAAGCGGAAAUCCAUCAUCGCGUCCGGCUGGCUCGUGAAAUCGGAUAGAAUCAUCGAUCAACGCGAUGCGAUUGCACGGUGGAAGAUGCAUCGGUGUAAGCUUCUCGAUCUCUCUUCGAUCUGGAGCUUGAUCGCGCUCGUAUGUAUGGUGAUGGGACUCGCACGUGGUCAACUAAUUAGACCGGUUUAUGUGUACGAGGGUUUGAUCAAGGGUAUACACGAUUACUUCAAUAACACGUGCAUCAUACUGCUACACACCAAUCCAAGUCCUGUCGAGAAUCAGGGACUCAUAGAAGGCGAACGCUUGCUACAUCUUCAGAAGUAUCUAAGCUCGACUUUUCACAUCCGUACCGCACUCAUGGAUUUCAACAUGUUCAGGACACGAAUCGGCCAAAAUUAUUACAACAUCAAGAGACCUUUGUUCGUCUUAUUAAACGACUAUGAAGAUACAAGAAAGGAAUUUGCGAAUCAGGUCUCAACGUGGAUCGCGAUGGCUUAUCCUACUUGGCUGGUCUUCUUUAAGAACGAGACUAAAUUAUCAGACUUCUUCUUUGAAAUUUACGUGCCUUUUGAUUGUAAGUUUAUGGUGGCUAAAAGCAGCACCAAUGAAACCGGCAAAGAAAACAUCACUGAAGUUUAUCAGGUUGAUAAAGGAAAAGAGCUGCGAUCGAUGCAUUUUGGUACAUGGGACGUGAAGAAUGGUUUGAAGGGUCCUACGCGCGGCCUAUAUUUUCGAAGAAAUGAUCUUUUCGGUCAUAAUAUAUUCGUUACAUCAGUUUACGAUCCCCCUAUUAGUCUAUUUAAGCAUAAUAGACAGAACGAGAUAACAGGAAUGAGUGGCUUUUUUGGCGAGGUAAUUCUGCUACUGCAGGAAGGGAUGAAUUGCACAUUCACUUACAAGAAAUCGAAAUCGUGGGGGGUGUGUCUACCAAAUGGUACAUGCACAGGCGCAGUCGGAAUGUUGAUGAACGGCAAAGCAGACUUUGCUGCGACGGAGUUCAUGAUGACAUCGGACAGAUUAGACGUCAUCAGUUUUACAACACCCAUUUACACGACCAAGUGUCGUACGUAUAUUAAGAGACCAUCAUCGACAAACGUAAAAUGGAACGUUUACACAGCACCGUUCUCCUUGAGCAUCUGGAAUAUCAUCAUAUUUUUUAUAAUAAUUAUGAGUGGAUCGAUCGUGCUUAUUCAGAAAUUGUUCAUGGUUACAUCCUUGUAUCGAGAUGAGGAUCAUUUACCAACGAAAUUUACGGAGAUUUUAUUUUUUGUUGCAGGAGCGUUUUGCAAUCAAGGUAUGCAGCAAUCUGUUCUGGAUCCUAUAAGAAUGGUACAUUUCGUGAUCCAUAUAACGGCUGUCAUAAUUUUAGCCGCAUAUUCCGCCGCUUUGGUCAGCUUUCUUACUGUUCAGUCAUUUGUCAUGCCCUUCACGACUAUGAAGGGUCUCUUGAAAGAUAAAACCUAUCGUUUCGGAGUGGUUGGUGACUCGGCUGAUUUUACUUUCUUUCAGAAUACGUCCGAUAAAGUAAUGAACGUGCUGUUCACCGAGUUACUGAUGAAGGAGACUGAUUUGCCGAAUAAUUACUUGCAAGGUCUGAAACGCGUUUGCAAAGAAGACAAAUACGCUUUUAUGACGCUGGACAACAUGGCAGCGUUACUGCAACAGAAAGUCAAUUGCAAGUUGGAGCCGUUGGAUACUAUCUCACAGAUCACUGUAGCAAUGGCUACGCGAACCAAUAGUCCAUUUCUUGGUCUUAUUAAUACAAAUCUUCUUCUGUUGAGAGAUGGCGGAAUCUUACAGCGUUUGAUGGAAACACAAUGGUCGAUCACACUAAAUACAGCGCAAUCAUCAUGGAAAUCUGUCGACAUUAACGAUGUAGUGCCGCUGUUGCUUCUUAUAACUGCUGCUUUGCUUGUCAGCUGCUUUAUUUAUGCUAUAGAGCACAUCGCCUAUAAAAGGCUUCUCAAACGGGUAAAGUUAAAAUUAAAACCAUCGCGACAGCUGAUAAUGUAAAUAAAUAUAUGUGUAUUGUAAAUCAACAAUAGCAUUUCAUUGCGAUUAGAUGAUCAGAAUAAUUAUGUCAAUAUGUCAAAUGAUUUGCACAAACUUUUAGACUGUAAAAAUCUGUAAAAAAUAAAAUGACAUCCUUCUUACCG